UGUCUCCUCUAUAAUUGAUAUAACCUACAAACUCUUAUACGUCACAUAAAUUUGAGCAAUCUCCUCCAUAAAUUCCCACCCUAAACCUACCUAGAUCCAUUCCACCAAUUACAUGAAAUCCAUAAACAUGAGUGAAGAAUGUGUUGGCAACACUAUUGCUACUACCUCUACUACACCAUUAAACUGGUGGUAUCUUCAAGCAACAAACUCUCUUUCUUCUAAUUGGAAUGAUGUUAAUAAACUUGCAUGGAGCAAUCAAAUGAAUAAUCCAAAUUCUUCCUCUUCUUGUGAUGAUCAAGAUAUAUCCGUUUCUUCGAAUUCUUUCACUAAUGCUUCAAACCAUUCCUCUCUCACCGUUGAUUCCUCUCGAAGAAUACUCGAGUCACAUGCACCUUCUUCUAAUGACUUCAUGGCUGAACAUGCUUCAGAUAACCAACUUUGGAGUCAUGUUCUAUCAGGUGUUGGAUCAAAUGGAGAGUUACAAAACAACCAAGAAAUUGGAGAAAAUUUCUUGGAUGGACUUUCAUCAAAAACCAUGUUUGAUGAGCCAGCUUGUGACUAUUUGAAGAAACUUGAUACAACAAAUUGGGAAUAUAGUGGUUCAGCUUCAUUCAAUACAAGUUUUGAAAAGCACUUAAAUGGGUACAGUGAAGCUCUUAUUGAGAAUAAUGAAAGGUUGACAAAAUUAUCCAAUCUUGUUAGCACUUGGUCUAUUGCCCCACCUGACCCUGAAGUUAGUAGCCACUUUGAUCCACAAACAAACAACAUAUCAAAUAAUUUGAAUUCCAAUUCCUCCAAUAUUGAUAAUCAUCACUUUGAAUCUGACCCUAAUUGUCAUCUCAAACAAUUACCUUUUGGAGAUUCUAUUGGAGGAGUAGGUAAUAAAAUGUUCUCUAAUGUCCAUGAUAUUCAAGACAUGAAUAAGGUUAAACAAGAAUAUCAUCAUCCUCAUCAUCAUCAUGGAAAUCAUGAAGUGUUUGGAAAAUCAUUUAUGAAUCCAAAUGGAUAUCUUGAUGGAUUUAAUAAUAGUCUUAAUUCAGUUGGAGAAAAUGGAAAAUUUUAUCAAGGGUUGCCAAAUAUUUCACCAUGCACCAAAAGUUUCUCAGAUGUUAUAUCCUUUAAUAGUAGGUUUGGAAUCCAUACACAAAGGCCUAGCAUGAAAUACUCAAACUUAUCUGAUUCAAGAAAGCAAGGACUUCACACACCUUCACAUACGAGGACUAGUAGUGGAAGAGACGGGACAACGCGUGAAGUAAAGAAGAAAAGAUCCGAAGAAUCAUUAGAAGCAAACUUGAAGAAGCCAAAACAAGAUACAUCAACAACUAAUUCAUCUUCUUCAAAGGUGCAAGCACCUAAAGUCAAGCUAGGAGAAAAGAUCACAGCUCUUCAACAAAUUGUAUCUCCUUUUGGAAAGACAGAUACAGCUUCAGUGCUGUUUGAAGCAAUAGGGUACAUAAAGUAUCUUGAAGAACAAGUCCAGCUACUGAGUAACCCUUACUUGAAGGCAAAUUCACACAAGGAUCCAAGGGGAAUGUACUUUGACAGAAAGGAUAAGGAAGAUGCGAAAAUGGAUCUUCGAAGUCGAGGUCUUUGUUUAGUUCCAACUUCAUGUACACCUGUAGUUUAUAGAGAGAACACUGGACCAGAUUACUGGACACCAGCAUAUAGAGGAUGUUUGUAUAGGUAAAAAAAAUGCAUGUCUUAUGCUAAAAUUAGUAUGUGACUGUAUGUAUUUUAAUUUGCUAGAAUCUUGGAAAAGUGUAUGUAUGAUAUAGUGAAUAAAACAUCAUAUAUAUCAUCCUUAAUUAAUGUAACUAUAUAUAUUGUUUUGAUGUAAUGUCUAGUUACAUGAGUAAACAUAUAU